UCCAGCAUCAUCUGACCAGUGAUGUGGGUCGCGGCGCUCGGGAGCGGGCGGGUUGUUAGAGGUGUGAACGUGAUGAGCGGAGACUCAUAGGCGACUCAAGGGUUUUUAGAAGAGCACAUCGCAGGAAGUCAUCUCCCGGGUCACCGCUUUCCUUCCUCGUUUUGUUGAGGAGAGAGGAGCCCGCGAUGCCGGAGGAGAAGGAGCGCUCCCAUCUCUGAUCGCCGAUGCCCGCUGAUGAUCUGCGAUGUUGUGCUCAGUGAUGCUGAAGCCGCUGUGAAGCUCUGGAAUGGUGAGUGACCAUCUGCUGCUACCAUGUUUCACUGGAGUAAAUGGAAGAAGAGGAUCGGAGUGAAUUCCUCCAGCAAGAGACCCGUGUUCGACGACAAGGAGGAUGUGAACUUUGACCAUUUCCAAAUCCUCCGAGCCAUCGGGAAAGGAAGCUUUGGCAAGGUGUGCAUCGUGCAGAAGAGGGAUACGGAAAAGAUGUACGCGAUGAAGUACAUGAACAAGCAGCAGUGCAUAGAGAGAGACGAAGUCCCGAAUGUCUUCCGGGAGCUUGAAAUUCUGCAGGACAUCGAGCACGUGUUUCUUGUGAAUCUCUGGUACUCCUUCCAGGAUGAGGAGGACAUGUUCAUGGUGGUGGACCUGCUGUUGGGCGGGGACCUUCGCUACCACCUCACGCAGAACGUCCAGUUCAACGAGGAAGCGGUAAAGCUCUACAUCUGUGAGAUGGCCCUCGCCCUGGACUACCUGCAGAGCCAGCACAUUGUUCACAGGGACAUCAAACCUGACAACAUCCUUCUGGAUGAACAAGGUCAUGCUCACCUCACAGACUUUAACAUUGCUACAGUGAUAAAGGAUGGAGAGAGAGCCACUGCCCUGGCAGGAACCAAACCUUAUAUGGCUCCGGAAAUCUUCCAGUCCUUUGUGAGCGGUGGAAGCGGCUACUCCUUCGAGGUGGACUGGUGGUCACUAGGGGUGACAGCCUAUGAAGUGCUCAGAGGACAGAGGCCCUAUGAGAUCCACUCCACCGAUCCCCUGGACAACCUCCUACAGGUGUACAGCACCAACAGCGUGUACUACUGCCCCACGUGGUCUAAGGACAUGGUGACCCUGCUGAGAAAGCUGCUGACGGUCAACCCCGAGCACCGGUGCUCCUCAUUGGCGCACGUGCAGGCCAUCCCCUGCCUGAGCGAGGUCGACUGGCAGAUGGUGUAUGAGAAGAGGGUGGAGGCCGGGUUCGUUCCCAAUAAAGGUCGUCUCCACUGUGACCCCACAUUUGAACUGGAGGAAAUGAUCCUGGAAUCUCGUCCUCUUCAUAAGAAGAAGAAACGUCUCGCCAAGAGCCGGUCUCGGGACAGCAGCAAGGACUCUCAGUCGGAGAAUGACUACCUGCAGGAGUGCCUCGAGGUUGUCCAGCAGGAGUUCGUCAUCUUCAACCGAGAGAAACUGAAGAAAAGGCAGGAGGAGGCAUCUCAGCAGGACCCAGGGGACGAGGAACCGGGUGAUGAAGGAGGAUCUGAAGAUGACGUGGGCCCGGGAGGAGACGCAGGGGUGGAGCUGGAGUCGUCCGACCCGAACACCUGCGACUCCAUGGGCUCCUCGGCGAGCAGCUGCUGACGCGUCUGAUGCUGCGGUGCUGGGCGUGCUCGCGUGGAUGACGCCCUCAAUCCAGCUAGCGCCACGGCCUGCCUUGAACUCAGCAUGCUAGGGCAGAACCCGGAGCAGCAAUCAGCCCAGUUAGCACCGCUAGCGUGGUUAGUUACCCUGGCCGCAGAGUGCCCCCAGUACGGACAGCGCUGUCUGCGUGCCUGGGAGCCAUCCUCUCCCCGGCGGAGCCCGCGGACGGAGGGGCGGAUCCGAGGAGCCCUCGUCGCUGCGCGAAGGUGCUGCCUUUGCCUUGUAGGAAGAACUUAACACACAUUGAAUUUAAAGUCGCUACAGUAGAUUCGCUUCUUGUCGCCAAAGCUCAUAGGCUGCCAGGAUGCCCAUAGCUGCUAGGCUGCCGUGUUGGAUCUGUUGUUGGACUCAGCGUGGUCGACACCUGUUGUUUAACAUUAGCACUACGCCGCAUCCCUUCGGGGGCACCUGCCACAAUCUGAUCUCUUAGACCAAUAGUAGGUGACUCUAGCUCUGCUACUAACCUAGGAAAGGGGUUUAUUUUAGACUAGUGUAGGACUGUUAGGUAUUGGACUGUGUGGUUUGCACUCACUGUCAUUGUUAGCUGAACGAAUGCGCUAGCGCCUCCUCCUGGACGUCUAAGCCCGUGUGACGUCACUCUCCUUUAAUACAGUCAUUGCCCGAUUAGUAUCAGGGUUAGGACCACCGGUGACCGCAGCUGUCUAUUAACCGCGUGACUGAGGGACACGAUCCAUUCUAUGAGGCCCAAUAACUGAUUCCGUUUUAGCUAAAUAAUUGGGAAAUCUCAGUAUAUAACUAUUCCAGUACAAAAUGUGUUGAGCUAACACAUUACACAAUAAUCACAGGCACCAGAGUUGCAAAAGGAAUAAUUAAAAAACUUAAAAUAUUUCAAAAU